CGUUGCUAACCCGAUCUGAACACACGGCUGGCUUCUCGCUCUCCACUGAAUUUAAGUUUGGGUAUAUCUUCCUCUCUACGACAGUGGGAAGAUGCUGGGGUACAUCUGGCAGUAUGUCUACACGUCCUUCCUGAGAUACUGGCUGAAGUGGUUCAUCAGACAGGCAACAGGGAAAUGUGAGCUGCAGAGAAUAUGCUCUGGAUACAAGCCUGGGGCAACAAGGACAUUAAACGCAGAAUAUUCUCUCCACUCGUCAAAGAACAAGGUUUUAAGAGGAGCUUUGAAAACCAACAAGGAUCAUUUAGAGCAAUGUGUGGAUCAAAUUAUGAAAGAGAAGAAUAUCAAACCCCAGAAAGAUCCACUGUUCAAGGAAAGCCUACACAUCUGUCUGUUACAGAUUACAGGACACAACAGCCUGUAUAUAUCUGUGGAAGACUUGAGAAAGGAAGUCUUUGACUCGGAGAACCAAAACCAUGAGGCCAUGCUGCUGAAGCUGUGGGACCUGUUGAUGCCAACAAUCAAACUGGAGUCGAGGAUAACCAAACAGUGGGGAGACAUCGGAUUCCAAGGAGAUGACCCCAAGACUGACUUCAGAGGAAUGGGCCUGCUGGGCCUAAUCAACCUUGUUUUCUUUAGUGAAAACUACACAGAGGAAGCUCGUCAAGUGUUGUCUCAUGCAAACCAUCCUAAACUUGGGUAUUCAUAUGCCAUCGUUGGGAUCAACUUGACAGAGAUGGCCUACAGCCUCUUGAAAAGUGGUGCUUUGAAGCCGCAUUUCUACAACACCGUUAUGGGCACACCUGAGCUCUGGCACUUUCAUCAGCUAUACUGUUACUUGGCCUAUGAAUUUGAUAAAUUUUGGGUGGCAGAAGAACCAGAAAGCAUCAUGCAGUUCAAUCAAUACAGAGAAAAAUUCCACAACAUUGUUAAGCUGCAUUUACAAGACCCCAAUGUGGCUUUCACAUUAACUGUGCGUUCUAAAAACUAACGUUAUUCACCUCUCCACCAGACCCUCACCCUGACGAUGUUUGAGGAAGACGAAAGUGUGAGUAAUGCUUUAGAUAAUAAAAAUCUGACUGAAGCUGGCUGGUCACAAAAAAAUCUAAAAUGAAUCCUCAUACAUUUAGUUUUAUGGUUCAUUCGUUUGGCUCUGUUCAUCUUGUUAAAGUAAGAGUUUUAAAUGGAGCAUAAAGCUAACACCCUAUACCUCAAAAAAUGACCAUUCCAGUGUUUAAUCAGGGCCCUUGUGGAGUGAAUUAUUAUUACUUUUUGCACAAAUGAAUCUUAUUUUUUUGGGGUCUCAACAUGCCCAGAAACUCAUGAAACUUGGUAUACACGUCCGGCCUAGUCGUAAUAGCGCCACCUACUGGCAACAGGAAGUAAGCCUUGAGGGACAUUUAUCAUUACACCUUUGUACUGUACAGGGUAAAUGAGACCUGCUGCAGAGGUUUAAGCACUUUCAGUGAGCAAGCAGCCAAAUUGUUGUAGUUAAAAGACAGUUAUUAAAAAAUGGUAAUUGAACUACCAUAUUUAUAGCUGUUCUGUUUGUAUUUAUGUAAACAAGUUCUUAGUUGUCCCGCUCAGGAAUUAGAUUUUUAUGUCCAGAGACCAUGGCUAAAUAUGUGCAUGUUUUGUCCCUGUUGAUGGCAUCUGUAUUGUGUAAUAUAGCUGAUGUGGAACUCAGAAUGUUUUUUUGCCUACGAUUUCCUAAAUUUGUAUGUCUGAAGACUGCAUUUUUAUUACCUGUUGUUAUGCCGUGGUUUGCUUUUGAGGAAGGUUUGUAAUUAACACAUUUGACUUGGUGUUAAUAAAUACACAUUUUAAUGUUUUGAAA